AUGAAAGAGUUGGUAAAGCAUUUGGGAUUGAUUCCACAACAAGAUCCUACAGUAAUCAGUACCGUGAAUAAGUUGAGAUCAUUGUUUAUAUGGAUGGUGUUGAUAAUCUUCUUAUGGCAUUAUCAUAUGGUUUCUUUUUGGUGUUCAGUAAUGAGUUACUCGUUUCCUGAAACUUCGAUCAAUGUUAAACGAAAAGCUUGUAGUUGGUUUUGGGAUCUAACGAUAUAUUUCAUGAAUUUAAACGGUAUUACUUACACAAUCAGUGGUGAUAGAAUAAACUCAGAAUCAGCAGUAUUCUUAUCUAAUCAUCAGUCUUUAGUAGACCACUUAGCAGUAAACUAUCUUGCCAGAUAUUCUUAUUUUGUUAAUAAUGAUAUUGAAAUUCCUAUGGUUAAUUUUUUUACAUGGUUUUUAAUUUGGAAAAUUCCAACUUUAAGAAUUCUUAUAAAUUUGGCAAAAAAUGACGAAAAUUGGGAAUUAGAUACUUCUUUGGCUGAAAUCUUUUUUGACAAGCUAUUAAAUAGUAGAAAGGUAGAAUGGUUGGUUUUGUUUCCUGAAGUAAAUAUAUUUACUCAAGAAUCAUGUUAUUUACAGAAACUACAAAGUGAAAAAUUCUAUUUACCUAUAUUCAAUAAUGUAUUGUACCCCAGAUUCUCGAGUUUUUUUAAUGUGAUCUCCAUGAUUAAUUCCAAAAAUAAUUACAAGUUCAAUAAUUUAUAUGAUUUGACUAUAUUCUAUUAUAAAGUCAAUGAGGAUAAUGAAAAGACAUAUUUCUCGCCGUCAUUGUUGGAAAUAUUUGGGUCCAAUGAUAAGAUCACUAUCAACAUUGAUGUGAAAUUCAAGAACUUGACGAGAGUCUCCCAUAACAGACCGAAAUUAGAAAGGUGGUUGGAAAAAGAUUGGAUCGAAAAAGACAACUUUCUUCAACAAAAUUAUCAAACUUAA